AUGCAGUUUGCUUUGCCACCGCGGAGAAACCAACAAUCUCCUCUAUACAUUCGUUCGUCGCGACUGUCGUAUCAACGAAGAAAGCAACUUAGAGCACUUGCAAUCAUCGGGUUUGGUAUUCUGUCGCUUAUAUAUCUCAUCUCGAACCUCUGCUCGUCGAAUGUCAGCUCUCCGAAAAAAAUACCGGCUGAGACUCCAAGUGUGGUUAUUGUGACGGUUUUGGAUCGCGAACGUCUCAGUCUCAACUACGUCGGACAGAUUGUCAAGAAUCGAGAGGACUAUGCAGUGCGACACGGCUAUACCAACUUCUUUGCGAAUACAUCUGACUACGAGUCCCUGCUGAAUGGUGCCCCGCGAAGCUGGGCCUCCGUGGCCGCUGUCCGCCAUGCCAUGACGGCACAUCCUCAUUCAACUUAUUUCUUCCACCUGAGCCCUCACGCUCUCAUCAUGAACCCAAGCAUAUCCCUCGAAACGCAUGUUCUUAAUAGCAAACGUCUGGAAUCCCUAAUACGGAAAGACAUACCCGUCGUGCCGGACACUAUCAUUAAGACGUUUUCGCAUGUAAGGGGUGACGAUGUAGACCUUGUUCUAGCCCAGGACAGAGAAGAUUUGAGCACGGGUAGUUUCAUCCUAAAGAGGGGUGAUUUUGCACGCUUCUUCCUUGAUCUCUGGUUCGAUCCUUUGUAUCGCUCCUACGCCUUCGUGAAGGCAGAGACUCAUGCUCUGGACCACAUUGUUCAAUGGCAUCCCACUAUUCUGGCCAAGUUGGCCAUAGUUCCCCAGCGGAUUUUAAAUGCAUAUCCCAAGGACUCUCCGGCGGCCGGCAUAAAUGGGACGUACGAGGAGGGCGACUUUUUGAUUCGAUUCUUGGGCUGCGAUGAUGGUGACACGCAGCUAUGCGAGGAGAUGGCGCCGUAUUAUAGCACAUGGACCAAGAAGAUCUCGGCGGGCAGUCGGACUGGAUGA